AUGAGGUAUGCGAUCGCGCGUCCAAGCGAGUAUCUCGUGCUCACUGGAGCCGGGAUCCAAGACAUCCAACUGUGCAAAAAGGCCAUCUGUGGACGGAUCUCCCUGACUCCAUUUGACUUCUCGCUCAAUCUCCAAGCGAUGACGGUCGAGAAACUGCAGUUUUCCUUGCCUGCUGUGUUCACCAUCGGUCCCGAGGACCAGGAAGAGGCACUCCGGAAGUAUGCCAAACUGCUUUCUGGAAACUCCCAGGAUGUGGUCAAGGACUUGGCCAGUCCGAAGGGGCGGAACCAUGUGCAGGACAUCGUGAUAGGCAUCAUCGAGGGUGAGACUCGCGUCAUUGUUUCUACAAUGACCAUGGAGGAGGUGUUUAAGGAGAGGCAAGUCUUCAAAACCAAGGUUAUUGAGAAUGUUCAGAAUGAGCUUCACCAGUUUGGUUUAAAAAUUUACAAUGCCAACGUCAAGGAACUUCAGGAUGCCCCCGGCAGCGAAUACUUUGCCUUUUUGAGUAGGAAGGCACAUGAAGGAGCUUCUAACCAGGCGAAGAUUGACGUUGCCGAAGCCCGCAUGAGAGGAGAGAUUGGAGAGGCAGAGAAAAAGGGACGGACCAAGCAGGAAAUCUCCAAGAUCGAUGCGGACACCGCUGUUCUGGAAACAAAGCGGAAAGCUGAACAGGCCAAAGCCGAUUCGGAGCUGAUGAACCGUCAGACAGAGCUGAAUCAAACUGUCGAGCUGGGCAAGAUUAUUGCCAAACGCGAGGUGGAGUCGCGAGACGCAGAACUACAGAAGAAGGUCGAAAGCAAACGGGCAGAGACCGAGCUGGAGCGCCUCCGAGCCCAGCAGGUUAUCAAAAGCAAAGUGGAUCGUGAGGCGGCGGAGGAAACUGCUAAUGGAGCGUUCCAUACAGCACAAAAGGAAGCUGAUGGUCGGCUGUACAAGGAGAAGCUAGAGGCUGAUGGCGCUUAUUACCGCCAAAGCAAGGCCGCCGAUGCUGCGCUUUACAAGCAACAACGUGAAGCAGAAGGUAUUUUUGAGAUUGCCAAAGCCUACGGCGCCCUUAUCGAUGUCCUCGGGGGACCUCAGGCCUUCCUGCAAUUCCGCAUGCUCGAGACCGGAAUGUACGAGAAGAUGGCGAAGGCGAACGGGCAGGCGCUUCAAGGCUUACAACCGAAGAUCACUUCGUGGAAUACCGGAGGAGUUGCAAACGGGUCCAGCGACAGUAUGGCUCCGGUUCGAAACAUCAUGCAGAGUCUUCCCCCUUUGUUGGACACAAUCCACGAGCAGACUGGAAUCAGCCCGCCAUCAUGGCUGGCCCAAAUUCCAGGGGAGAAACAUGACAAUCUGGUCAGAGGAGCCCCAGCUAAAUAA